CGCGACGAUUCACGAGCAUUCGGAUUAGCCGGGUAGCCUAGUAGAAUCGUUGACAGCGUUUCCCUCUCCUUAGUUAGAGCGGAGCGCGGCGUACGCAAUGCUGCUUUGCGGUGUUUUAUGUUCCGUGUUUUCGGUUCCAUUUGGUGCGAUCGUACAAAUCGUAAUAUUUCUUCUACAGAAUUCGAACGUCUCGAGAGUGCAGGCUUCCCUUCCCCCGGGAGCUGAGGAUGAAAUAAUUGUUAUCGAGCAUUUACCAGGACGUCGAGUUCAUCUGCAAGAUUUCUUUUGGACGGAUGCAGAGGAUGCUCCGCCAUGGGUGGAUUCUAACCAACCCUUUCAUGAAACUAGAACCGUUCAUCACACAGUAACAAUUUACUUGCCAACUGAAGAAAGAGAUGACGACGACCCGAAACCUCGCAACGACCUUGAUUCUAAUGAUUCCAAAUGUACCACGUGUAUCGAACCUACGCCAAGACUGCACGACGACGACGAUCAAAAUAUUGGUAUUCUAAUCGGAGAAGAUCCUGGACCAAGGUACUGGCUAUUAACAGUUCUUCGUGCUGGUGAAGCUGUACCGCCUAAGAUUGAAUUGAAAUUGGCUCGCUUAUAUCGGACAGCAUUCUCAAGACAACAACAACGACAUCUUGGACUUCUGCAGAUGGAUUCUCGAUUUCAGAGAGCUGCAGACGAACGGACACUCGUCGCAAACAAGAUUUCUUCAAGAAGUCGACCAGUACCCAGAAAAUUGAUAUCAAAUGACAUUGAAGGGGAAAGCACAAACAAGCAUUCAGAAUUACGCUUACUUAAUUAUUCGGCAGAAGGGACUGUUCAAGUUAGAAUGCAAAAUACAAGUAUAACUGAAAAUGGUGCUACAAGAUUGGUUUAUUCGGUUCACCUAGGUGGAAAACCUGUACCUGCUGAAACAGCUGCCAGAGACAUGGCUCUUUUAUCACCACAAGAAGUGGCAUUAGAACUUGGUGCUCCAGUUAUUAUUCAAAGUGAACCUUACUUAAAAGAAUCUCGACCAUUGGCGCUGUCAAGAAAAAGGGAUGCAUGGUUAUUAAUUGGAGCAGCCAGUGCCGGCUUCAUUCUUUUGGCUGUUAUACUUGUGGGAUUAAUUUUCACAGCAAAAAGAAAAAGAUCACACAGUGCAAUAGUAGCUCCACCAAAUCGCAGCAUUUUAAGAAAAAAGCCGGACUAUGUAUCAACAUCCAGUGGUCGCGAUAAUACUGUUUUUUCAACAUCAGAAAUUGAUAUUAAGACUGAAGGUAGUAGUCAAAGUCACACACCUGGAAGUGUGGCAAGGACUUCAGUUACUCCUGAACCUACAGAUAAUUUCGAUGUAGGAAUUCACAAAGCUUCCAGUGAUAAUGAAGAAGAACAAAAGAGAAAGGCACAAGAACCAAGUAUUUUAGAAUAUUCUUCAAAAAAAACAAGACUGACACAUGGAAGAAUAUUGCGGACAAAUGCUGUUGACAUGCCUAAAGCAUCAGAUUCAAUGGAUGUGAUGGCUAAUCGCUUAGGAACAUUAGAGUCUUUGGAAACCAAUUACAUGAGACAAGGAGAAGAAGAAGAAGAAGAAGAAGAAGAAGAAGCUACUGCUUCACCCCAUUCUUAUCUAUCUAUGCCAACUUGUAAACAGUUUCCUAACAUGAAAAGUGUUGAACCUCUUUCUAGAGUAUUAGAACCAGUUAUGGUCAGACAUUUAGAUAUAGAUUCUCCCGAAUUAGAAAGACGAGACAAUAAUGAUAUUGAUUCCUACAGAAGUAGGAAAAUCAAUGAUAAAUUUUUUGCACGAACUUCAAGUGCUAUGAAUGAUCCUGGAGUAGUUGGACCUAUAGUUUGGAAUCUUCGAAGACAGACUCUAACUACAGAGGGGAAUGGCACGUCAGAAACUGAUGAAAUAACAUGUACAUCAGCUGGUCCUGUUGGGCGAGCCAAGAGAAGGCUCCACGAGUUGCUGGAAGAUUCUUUUAGUCUUUUUGGAAGUAGAGAACAGAAUUCGGAAAUACCAACCUGCACAAUGCAACCAAAUUCGGCAGUAUACGUACCGGAUGUUCUGCCAAUUUUUUCGAAAACCAGAGGACGACCUGCCCAAAUUAGCCCUGUGUCUUCACGAACAAUGGAAAUGGAGGUACAACAUCCUAUAUCAUUAUCUCAAAAAAAUAUUGAAGAAAAUAUUACAGAAAAUGGACAUUCAGGAUCAAUUCAAUCUCAUAGUGGGUGGAGCUCUAGACCUUUAAGUGCUGGUCCCUUUCAUAGACCAAAUGUACCAGAUAUAGAUACAAAACGCAUACUUUCCAAUAGUCAACUUGCACCUGAGGACCCUGCAGUUCCACUAAUUGCAUCAAUUAAAAAAGAACUUGAAAAAUUUUCUUCUUAAUAUUUAAUACUUAAAUGUUAUGGAGGAAUGAAAUGGAGAAGAACUCACGUACAUUGAAAUUAUUAAAUAUAUACUAUUUAAUACAAUGAACUAAAAAAGUAUUUUAAAAUAAUAUCGAAAAUCGUAUUUAUAAUGAUGUGUAAAUAUCUUGGCAAUUUUUUUAUGAACAUUUUCAAUCGGAAUUCUUCGUGUUUCAUAUAGUUCAGUUUUAUUGAACUUCUAGUUAAUAAAGUGUAUAAUUUUAUCAUAUAAUUUUAUCAUUGUUAUUAUAACAUUUUAACAUUCUUUUUAUAAAUAUAUAUGUGCAAUUGUGGAAAAUCGUCAGUCAGUAAGGUAAUGUUAACACUUUCAUAAAACUUCAUUCUAUUUGGAUAAGUUGCAAAAUCUUUUGUGUUUUGAAUACAUAGUUAUGCAUCUGAAAUAUUCUAAGUAUGGUAGACAUAAAACUAUUAGUUAUAUCUUAAAGAUGCAAUAAAAAGAAUUUGCCUAUUUUAUGACAGCAAUAAUACAUUGUAUUCAUCUAAAGACUAAGGUUGAUUAAGCAGAUACAAUCAGUAAUCAUGUUAUACUCACAUUAUUUGAUGUAUUUAUACAUUUGUUAUAUACCUCUCUUUCAUUGUAUAUAUCAUAACUCACUGUGACUGAAUAAUUUA